AUGCGAAAGAAGUCUGGCAAGGGUACUAGUACUCGUCCUGCUGGGGCAAACAGGAGAGAGAAAGCGCAUAACCUAACAUCUGAAAUCCCCAAGAGAAUAACAGUAAUGAGUUCUACAAUGGCAAUGACAUCCAGGAACAGCCAUGGAAGUGCGGGAGCACAGACCGAUAGCGACAAGCUGUGUCACCACUCUCAUUCCAGCACGGAACAAUCCUCACAGAAGACAGAGGCAUCCCACAAUCAGACCGAGAGACUUGCCCUGCUGUGUAUCCUCAUUCUGGUCUUGAUCCUCUCGGGAGGCAGUCGAUUUGAACCAUCCAUUGCAUACCUGAAGCAUAAUAUCAACCAACAUGGGGGCAACUCCAUUCGAGGCACUGCUACUUCCUCUUCCUCGUCUUCUCCGUCAAAGCCCAAAGUCUGCCUAGAUGUUCAAAUCAACGACGACAUACAUGUCCGCUACACACCCGAUGCCACCAUGGAAUCGGAACAAUGUCUUGUCUACCACGAGCCAUCCCCUUACAUUGAUCUCAUCAUGAAGACUGUCGUAGGCUUUCCCAACCAUGGCAAAUGCAAUCUGAUCGAUGGUUGCAAAACGGCGCUGCCCUACACUCCCGAGGAACGAAACUACGGGAACGACUGGCCGCCCUAUGGAUACACCAUGGUUGGAUACAAGCGGCUUGAAAACUUCCGAGCUGCCAUUGAAGAAGUCAAUCGCAACCAGAUUCCUGGAGCGAUUAUGGAAUUGGGUGUUUGGAGAGGUGGCUCCAUGAUUAUGGCCGCUGCCGUCUCCAAUGAUGCUCAGUAUCCACGCAAUUUAUGGGUUGUCGAUGCCUUUGAAACCUUGCCUCCCGGGACGUACGCCGGUGCCUCAGACUAUCUCGCCACGACUGAGCAAAUGGUGCGAGACAACUUUGACUUCUUUCACGUCUUGAGCGAUCGGGUCUACUUUGUCAAGGGCAUGUUCCAAAACACGGCCCCCGCAUUGAAAUUCAAUGACGAUUUGGGAUCCAUUGCGGUGCUACGCGUGGACGGGAAUUUCUAUGAUUCGUAUCAAUCUUCCAUGUACAGCUUGUAUGCAAAGGUUCCGGUGGGUGGGAUUGUCAUUUUCGAUGAUGUCUUUAGCCAUCCCGAUGUGUUAAAGUUUUGGCUUCAUUUCAAGCAGGACCAAGGGAUCACCGAAAAGAUCAACCGCAUUGAUCGACAUUCCGCUUGGUUCCGGAAAACAAGAGACGUCGAAAUUGACGUGACCAAGAUGAGGGGACCAGAGAAUCGAGCGAGUUGA